GACCCUGGGGCAGAGUCAGAGUCUGAGCCUCCAACGGCAAGAGGCGGCAGGCUGCAGGCCACCUCCACUGGCGUGUGGCACCGGCACAGGGCCCCGCCCCCGGGUCACUGCCCGCUGGGAGGGGGGUAGCCGGGGGAGAGGCCAGCACCGCCCUGCGUGGGGUCGUUGUGCAGCCGGACAGCUUCACCCAGGGCGUCUCCAGGUCUCCGGGGAAACGGCUUCCAGACAACAGCGUUCCUAGUCCCCACGGCAACAAGGCUUGCACUCCUGUUUCCAGGGAAACCGAGCCGUCAGUGUUUCAGUUGCCAGAGCAACGCCUAACGCCCGGUCAUCUACACAGUCCCAGCCCAGAGGGGGCCGCUGGGAGCCCGGCACAGGGAGCAGGUGCUGCACAGGUGUGGGGCCCCGAGCGGAAGGAGGUCCUGCAGGUCCGGUCUCAGGAGGAGACGCCCCGACUGCAGCCCCAGGCUCCCCCUGGGCCCGGUGCCCCAGGCGCCAUGAGUUCCGCCUCCAGCGGGCCUGGCGAUGGGGACCCAGCGGAGCGGUCCCCGCCAGGGCUGGACGCCGUGAUCCAGAAGCUGGAGGACACUGUCCUGAGUCCCGAGGCCAGCAGGGAAGACCGGGCGCUGACCGUGCGGGGGGCAGGCUGGCCGGCCUCCCCCUCCCCCCUGCCUGCCCGCAUCCGUGAGAUCGUGGCCGGCAGCCUGGGCGAGGAGCCACCCCAAGGGGUGCAGGAGCUGGCCGCCCAGGCCGCCAGGCAGGAGGAGAGCGAGCUCCUGCAGGAGCAGCUGGCCCGGCUGGAGGGCCUGCUGGCCCAGGCAGGCGCCGAGCGGGACGAGCUGGCCGGCAGGUACCACGCAGUCAGCAAGCGGCUGCAGGCCCGGCUGGAGACCACGGAGGCGCGGCUGCGGAGGUCGGAGCUGGAGCACAGCAUGGACCUGGAGGGGGCCCUGGGCCGCUUGGAGGCCGCGGAGCAUCGGAGCACCAGCCUUGCCCAGGUGAACACACUGCUCAGGCAGCAGCUGGCGCACAUGAAGAAGGCCAACGACGCGCUGGCCGCGGAGCUGGCUGGGGCCACGGGCAGCGUGCUCCGCCUGCGGGCCCAGCUGGAGCUGAGGGAGGCGCGGCGCUGGGCCCAUGGACAGGUGCUCCCCCCACCACUGCCCCCUCUGCACCGGGGCUGCUGGGGUCAGGGUGGGCCGCAGGGGCCAGGGUGGGCUCGGAGGGGAGCUGGCUUCCACUGUGCCCCCUCCGUGGGCGGCACCCUGGCCUCCUGCCUCUCUGUGUCCCCCACUCGGUGUGGCCGCAGACCUCUGUGCCUGGAGGAGCAGCCCCGGGGCCUCCUCCUCCUGUGGAGGCAGGUGACCGCGCUGCGGGCACCCCUGGCCGAGCUGCGAUCGGCCGCCGAGAGCCCUGCGGGGCCUCAGGUCAGCCCCCCGGGAGUGGAGGCGGGGGCCGGAGGGCAGUCAGAACGGGGCUGGGCCGGGCGCUGCCGUGUCCCCAGGGGCCUCGCCGACAUGCGGGCGGACACAGCCAGCACGGCCCGGCGCCUGCACGCGGCCUGCCUGGACCUGGACUCCAACCUGCGGCUGUCGGCCGGCAGCGUGGCAGGCGCCCUGGAGCGGCGGCUGCGGGACCGGGAGCGGGAGAUGCUGCAGCUGCGGAGCCGCUGGGACGCGGAGAGGGCGGCGCUGCAGGCCAGGCUCUCGGAGCAGACGCUGCUGGUGGGGAAGCUCACAGAGCAAACCUCGAAGAAGGAGAGAACCAUCUCCUCCCUCAGGGCGGACGUCCAGAGGCUGGAGUCCGAGCACCUCAGAGGAGGCCGGCGGGCAGCGGAGGACCUGGAGGACCAAGUGCAGUCCCUGCGGCGCGUCCUGAGCGCCAUCGCGGAGGUGGCCCGGGCGGACUCGGGGUGGCCGGUGCUGGCGCGGAGCGGCGGCGCUGGUGGGGAGGAGGCGCCGGGUCCACUGAGGAGCCCCCCGAGCACCUCGUCCCCUCGCUGGAGCCGGCCCCCGCCGCGGGCCCCCUCCCCGGCCGCCCUGGACCCCGCACUGGGGGCCGUGCAGGCAGCCAUCGAGAGGCGGCGGCAGCGGGAGCAGGAGCUGCGCCUGCAGCUGGAGUCCUGCCAGGCGGUGGUGGCCGGGCUCCGGGAACAGCUGUCGGAGAGGCAGCGGGAGCUGCGGGCCGCGCAGAGGGCCCUGCGGGAGCGCGAGCGGGAGCGCGAGGGCCUCCUGGACGGGCUGGAGGCGCAGCGCCGGGAGGCCCAGCACUGCAGGGCGGCCAGCGAUCGCCUGGGCAGAGAGAAGGAGGCCCUGGAGGCGGAGGUGGCGGAGCUGAGGGGCCGGGCGGACGCCUGGGGCUCGGACUCGCAGAAGCUGGAGGCAGAGAACGCGGAGCUGCAGGGCCGCCUCCUGCUCUGGGCGCAGCGAAUGGAGGGGCUGCAGGCCAGGUGGGCCGGGCGCGGCCCGGAUGGAGCCCCACCACCAGCCAGGAACCGGGGUCUUGGUUUGGGUGCCGCCCUGUGGACUCACCAAGUCCAGGCCUCCAGGGUGACCCUGGGCUUGAAGGAAGCUACAGGCAGCCCCCUGCCCCCGGGGCCCUGCGCCGACCUCACGCCCUCUGCCUCUGACCUGGGGGGGCUCAGUCAAGGGCGCCUGGAGCAGCUGGAGGAGAAGGUCUCAGGGCUCAAGAAGGAGCUGGCGUCGGCCCGGGAGGUGCUGACCACCGCCCAGCUGCAGAGGGACGUUCUGGAGAGCGAGAGGGCGGCCCUGCAUGGCACCCUGGCCCGGGCCGAGUCCAGCAAUGCUGACCUGGAGCUGCUCGUGACCCGGCUCAAGUCAGAGGGGGCGCAGCAGCGGGACGCCCUGGCCCAGAUGGCCGCCCUGACCGAGGGGCUGGCGCGGGACAAAGGUGCCCUGACCCGCCAGGUCCUGCAGCUGCAGCAGGAGCAGGACCGGCUGAGGCAGGAGCGGGCGGGCACCCAAGAGCGCCUGGUGCAGGCUGAGCAGCGGCUGGAGCAGCUGGAGGGGCAGGUGGGCCAGGUCACAUGUGAGAAACAGGCCCUGGAGGAGCAGCUGGCCCAGAGCCUGCAGGACCGAGAGGCCCAGACGGACACGCUGCAGAGGGCCCUGCAGGAGAAGGAGGCUUUGUCUGGGGAGCGGGCCCAGCUGCUGGCCAAGCAGGAGGCCCUGGAGAGGCAGGGCCAGCUCACAGCCGAGGAGGCAGCUGACCUCAGGGCCCGGCGGGAUGAGCUGGAGCGCAGCCUCCUGGAGGCCCAGCGGCGGGCAGAGCAGCUGCAGGCGCAGCGGGAGCAGCUGGAGGGAGAGGCCCAGAGCACCCGGCUCGCCCGGCAGGCCCUGCAAGAGGAGCUGGAGCAGCUGAGAGGCGCCUGGGAGGCCCGGGAGACGGAGCUGGCGCGGGAGGUGGGGCGGCUGCGGAACCAGGUGGCACGGCAGGAGCGGGGAGCGCAGCUGGCCCUGCGGAGCCAGGCGCUGGGCCACCGCGAGGACCUCGCACGGCUCCGGAGGGAGAAGGAAGCCCUGCGUCUGUCUCUGACAGAGGAGAGGGAGGGGGCGGCUCACAGGCUGGAGCAGGAGAAGCAGCUGGGGGCAAGGAUGGCCACCGAGAGGGAGGCUCUGGAGGAGCAGCUUCGGAGCCUGAAGCAGGAGCGGGGUGAGGCCCUCCUCCGGCUGCAGCAGGAGGUGCAGCAGCUCGGCGGCUUGCUGCCUCCCCCCCAGGCCACGGUGAGCACCACGGCCGCGGAGCUGAGGGCCCUGCAGGCGCAGUUCGAGGAGGCCGUCUCGGCCCAUCAGGGGGAGACCGCGGCCCUGCUCGGGAGCCUCCGGGAGAUGGCAGCAGAGCGGAGCACGGCGGGCAGAGAGGCCGAGCGGCUGCGGGCGCAGCUCGGGGAGGCCCGGGAGGAGCUGGCCACGCUGCACAGGGAGCUGCGGGGCAGGGAGGACAGCCUCGAGGGGCUGCGCAGGACGGCCGGGGAGGCCCGCCGGGCGCUGAGCGCCGAGGCCCUGGAGAAGGACGCCCUGCAGCGGUCCGGCGCCGAGCUGCGGGCCGCCGUGCGCAGGGCGGAGCGGGAGAAGGCCAGGUGUCAGCGGUCCAAGGAGGAAAAGGAGCAAGAGGUGCUGGUCCUGGAGGCGGCCCGUGCCGCGGCCCAGAAGGAGGCCAGCGAGCUGCAGGCCCGGCUGCGGGCGGCGGAGCAGGCCGGGGCCGACGCCCGCCGGGAGCUCCGGGAGCUCUGCAGGCAGGUGAGGGCGCUGGAGGCCGAGAACCUACAGAAAGGCCGGGAGGUGCGGCAGCUGCAGGACCGGUGUGCACAGGAUGCUCGGCAGCGGCAGCAGAGCCGCCAGGAGGCCCUGGAGCUGCGGAGGCAGGCGGCCGAGGUGGAGGCUGCGCGGGAGGACGCCCAGGAGGAGGUGCUGCGGCUGCAGCGGAAGCUGGCAGAGGUGGAGGCCCAGGCGCAGCAGGCCAGCGGCGUGGCCGACGGCCUCCGGGCUCGCCUGGACGGGGCCGGCCGCCGGGCCCACAGCCUGGAGCAGGAGCUGGCCGAGGCCGGGCGCGCCAGGCAGGACGCCCAGGCCCGGCUGGACCGGCUGUGGGCCAUGCUCCGCCGCGAGCUGGGCCUCCGAGCACAGAGCCCUGGGCGGCCCGGCUCCCCCCUCGAAGGUCAGUGUCCUCGGCGGCUUCGGGGGCUCCUG